CGAAAAAAUGAAAAAAUCAAUUGGGUGGACUUUUUUGCCUGUGUUAAGUUACAAAUUGAUCGAACGGCUUCAACCGAAGGGUCGACGAGGGUAUCGCGACAGGUUCUGAGAGAGGGGUUUUGUAUAUAUCGUCCGUACGGGGCUCAGUCCUCGUUCCGAACCAAUGGAGAAAUGGAAGUUUUGGUUUUCGAUCCUCGUAUUCGCCGGGCUCUGCUUUCUCGCCCUUAGAUUCACACUGACCGUGAGAAACGAGGAGAGUGAGGAGCAUCUCUUCGCCUCCUUCUUGAAAAAGUACAGAAGAAAUUACACAGAAGAGAGCGAGGAAUACAAAUCGAGGCUGGACGCUUUUAAGAAUGCUGUUAAACUUACAAAAGAAUGGAACAAUGGCAGAACAUCAGAGUUAUCAGCUCUCUACGGGAUAACACAAUUUGCUGAUAUUUUGAGCAAAGACUUUUCCAAGAAGUAUCUCAGGGGGCGCAGCCAUGCGAAAAUCCAUAAGCAUACACAUUACCAUCACCACCACCACGAUAACGUCACCGCUCAACGUAUCAAGAGAGCCAUCGACGUCGACCUUCCGAAUGUCGUUGAUUGGAGGAAUAAGAACGUGGUGAACUCGGUUAAAGACCAAAAGCUCUGCGGAGCUUGCUGGGCUUUCAGCACUGUUGGAGUUAUCGAGUCCAUAGCCGCUAUCAAAACAGGCGUCUUGCCGACCCUUAGCGUCCAACAAAUGAUAGAUUGUGCAAGAAAUGGAAAUAUGGGAUGCGUCGGAGGGGAUCCAUGCUCAUUGGUUGAAUGGCUCGACGAAAAUAAUAUAAAAGUGGUGUCGGAAUUAGAUUACCCUCUUUUGUUAAAGGACAAUGCCUGUAUAGUCAAAAAGUCUGACUAUGGAAUAAGAAUAGCAGACUAUACCUGCGAUUACCUGGUAGGAAAAGAAGAGAAACUGUUGAAAAUGUUAGCCCUCCAUGGACCGGUGGCUGCUGCCGUGAACGCUCUAAGCUGGCAGUUUUACCUCGGAGGUGUAAUCGAGUCUCAUUGCGAUGGCGCGUUGGAUAAACUUAACCACGCUGUUCAAAUAGUUGGCUACGACCUGACAUCCUCUUUGCCGCAUUACAUCGUGAAAAAUUCCUGGGGCAAGUAUUUCGGUGAAAAGGGCUACGUGAGAGUUGCAAUCGGAGCCAAUGUUUGUGGUAUCGCAUCUGAAAUAACAUCAUUGGAUGUUAUCACGUAAGCAGUGAAAGCGAAAAGUAAGAUACAAAUAAAAACUUCAAAGCAAUAAUAAUUUUUUAAAAUAAAUAAUCUAUUUUUACCCUGUACACAUAAAAAAUACAUAUUAAUGCG